GGAUGAACCAAUGCCUGAAAGCUUCGAAGUCCUCGGUCAUUUGUACCGUUUUGCGACGAAGGGGGACGUUUUCUUGCUCAGCAUCGGUGUCCUGGCGGCCGUAACACAUGGAGCGAGCUUUCCUGUGCUGGCAGUCCUAUUCGGCAGAAUGGUAGACAGCUUCUUAGUCGCCUUAAAGGAUUCAGAAAAGCCGAGGACAACAACUGAGGCAGCGGAGCCAUUGCUGGAGACAAUUCCUAACGAGGCAGACAGUAUUUGGACUCAGCUGGGGCUGAGCACUUCUACCGAGGCAAACCAACCCUUAGAUGAGGCCACAGAGACUGUUGUCGACUGUAUGAGCCGGUACUCCAUUUACUUCUUCUUCAUCGGUUUGGCAGUCUUGGGCGCUGCAUUUAUACAGACGAUGUGCUGGGAGCUGGCCUGUGAGCGUCAAGUACAUCGCCUCAGGGAGAAGUUCUUCUCUCAGAUUCUUCGACAGAACAUCGCCUGGCACGAGCUCAAUGAGGAAGGAAGUCUCACCACCAAACUUUCCGAUGAUCUGGAGAGAAUACGAGAGGGGAUUGGCAGCAAGCUCGGCAUGGUGACGCAGUACCUGACCACAUUUGUGGUGGGAAUGGUGGUAGGACUGAUCGUCAAUUGGCAGCUGACCCUGUGUCUGCUUCCGUUCUCCCCAAUUCUAAUCGGCUCCACAGCUUUCAUGGCGAAGUUAGCCACAUGGUCUGCGGCCAGAGAGCAGCUCAAGCACGGAGUUGCAGGCAGCAUAGCCAAGGAGGUCCUCAACUCUGUUAGGACAAUAGCAGCUUUUAAUGGAGAACCUCAUGCAAUUUCCAGAUACGAGGCGGCCCUUGAAGAGAGUAGAAAGGUGGCGAUGGCCACCUACUAUAAGAUUGCCAUGUGCCUUACUAUCGUCAACUUCUGUAAAUACGCCCAGUAUGGUGUAGCGCUCUUCGUCAGCUCUCUGUUCAUACGAGCAGGCUACUGCACACCCGGCAGCGUGUUCAUGGUGUUUCUAAGUGUACUGUCGGGGGCGUUCACGCUGGGGGAUGCGUUCCCAUAUUACACAGCGGUGGGUACGGCACUGGGCGCUGCCUCUACGAUAUUCAGCGUCAUAGAACGAGCCCCUGAGAUCGACUCGGCUAGCAGACACGGACUCAAGCCUCACAACGUGGAGGGGAGAAUUGUGUUCCAUGACGUCAGCUUCAGUUACCCCUCACGAGCCAACAAGCCGGUAAAUUGCUUCAGGGGAUACAACACUUUAUUGGUGUACCAUAAAUGUUACGUCCGCUCCUAA